UAUUAUUGCAACAUUUAUUAAUUUUAUUUAGUAUAAAGUUUUAUUUUGUUUGGUCAAUAUUAUAAUUAGUUUUGGUGGCUUAAUAUAUAUUGUUUAUAGUUUAAUUGUGUUGGGUAAGAAUAAGUUAAAUUGUGUGAAAGAUGGUGUAUGUAAACAAAGAUGGUUCUGUGGUGGAGCAUAAUCCAUUUAGUGUUUUUGGAUGGUUUUGGGGUAUUGUCAACUUCUUCUACUUGCUAUUCCAGACCCUUAUUAAUCCCAGUUACAACAAACACGGUGACAAGUAUGUGAGAGAUUUUCGUCCUCCUGGUAGUGGACCUCCAAAGCCACCAUCAAGAAAGUUUGGUGGUUUCGGGCCAUCUGGCUCUGGACCUGCUCCUCCACCCAUGGGAGGUGGUGGCUGUGGUUGUGGUUGAGUGCUUAUAUUGAAUAUAGUCCAUUCCAUUUCAAUUCUCUUAAAAAAAUUAACAGCCUGAAAUAACAUGUUCUUGAAUAAUACCUAUAUAUCUGUUUUUGUUGUUUAAUUAAGAUAUUUUGAAAAUGCUUUUAUAAUUUAUAAAUUGGUUUUAUAAAUUAAAUUGGAAUGGAUUGUACAUACAUUUUUGUAAUUUUU